AUGCUUUGCGGCGCCGUGUGGUCCGCCGCGCCGGUGUACCUGCGCGGUCUGGCGCCACCGCUGCCGCCCCGACCCGCCCUGCUGGCCGCGCUCGUCAUGCAAGCGUUGCAGGACCGCGUCGACGAUGAAUCCAGCUUCCUAGUCGCUAGUCUGCAGCCGGCCUUAUUCGAGUAUGCAUCGCAAGGCUGGGCGGGGGCGGCGGCGCCAAGAUGUCUGCCGAUAGCAUCGCGUGACUCAUUCGGC